AUGGCUACCGUUAUCAUCCAGUACCCCAGCGGUCACGACUUCGAUGUCGACUACUACCUCAAGACUCACAUGCCUCUUGCCGAGAAGACAUGGAAGUCCAAGGGUCUGAAGAGCGCCGAGGUUAUCCAGCUGGGAGGAGACAGCCCCUACCAAAUCUACAGCAUCCUUCGAUGGGAGAGCAUGGCCGCUUUCCAGGCCGCUGCUGGCGCUGAGGAUGCCAAGGCUGUUCACGACGAUGUCAAGAACUUCACUACUGCCAAGGCCGAGGUUCGCGUUGGCGCCACAGUUGGUGAGGCCAAGCUAUAA